AUGCCGUUGACGACUGAUCGACGUCGAAACGACAACCAGCUUCCGCAAAAAAUUUCCUUGCUACCUCCGGUUUACGCUGGCGUGUGGACUGGUGGAAAAGCCGUUAGAAACUCUUCCCUCGGUGGCCCGGCUAAACCAACUGGUAACCCUGCCGUUGGCGGUCCGAGGCCCGGAAAAGAAACGAGGAGGGUUGGACAUCGUGGCAAAAUCGCCGUGAAGCUUAACCACCUGCUCUUAAUGGGUAGGUCAUCGGAAAUUACGGCUUGCUCAUCGCUUGGGUUACCAAAGGCCGCGCAGGCCACGCUGAGGACGGCGGCAGGCUGUGAAAAGUCGACAAUCGGAACCCGCUCAUUGCCUUCUACCAACCGGGGUGUAGUAGCACAACAACGGCUGACAAAGGUCGACGAAACGACGACGAAGAAGCCAAUGAGCAACGGGAUAGCUUCACAUUCUGAACGGAGGAGUCAGACAUCGCGAUGA